AAAAAAAGUAAGAGAAAGGGUUGCCUGUUCCGUCUCUCUCCCCUGUUAUCUUCUGUGUGCUCUCCUUCUCCGCCGACUCGAACCCAUCGCCGGCACUCAAAAGCUCUCUUCGCCGACGGCCACAAACACCCACGGUGGACCACCAUCGCCUAAUCUAACCACCCUUCUCAACAGCCCACUUCACCCCCACCCACAUCGUCCUUCAAUAUCCUCUAUUAGCGAUCAAAGCCACCUCGUUCUCAUCCAAUCACAACCAACGAUCACAUCCCUCUGUGACACUAACCACCACAAGCAGCCAUCACUGCUUCUUCUAUCCUUUCUCUUUCAAUUUCUCCGAUCAGCUCACAAGGUACACGUCGGAAGUUCAAACUUUUGGUUCAUGGUUAUGGAUCACUUAAGUUUUAAUGUGGCAGAUUGAAGGACAUUACCUAGUGUUGGUCGUUGUUAAUUGCAGGUUUGGAUGGAUUUGGAUACGGAAAACAGGAUCGCUGCAAUUCUUAUGAAAGAGGCAGCAGAAUUGCGGCGACAAGCUGAGAAGGAGGGUGUGCAAGUUUAUCUUAGGCAGCCCAGUGUUAGGGGUCGGCCGAAUUCACGUUUCCUCACAGCGACUGUUCUUGGUGUACAACAGGCAAAUCGAGCUGUGGAAGUAAAUGAGAUGUGGCGUGUUCGCCAGAAGGAACUAGAGCUGGAUGAUAGGCUCAAAGGGAGAAUGGGAGAUGACAGUAGCAGUGGUAAGAGCCAGAGGGACAGUAGUGACUCCCAAAGGAGUACAAAUAAGAGGCAUUCUCGGAUUGAUACAAAUGUUAGUGAUCCAUGUUCAUCAAGUAAAAGAGUAAUCCAAGAUUCCUAUGCAAGGGAAGAUGAAGCUUUGAAGGAUGAAGAUAUUGAUGAAUUUCUACACUCGAGGGUAAAGCGUGGUAGAGGUGAUGUUGGUUCACGGAUGGAUGAAACUGGUCCUUUCCUUCCCUCUUCUUGCCCAGAUUCCAAGGGAAAGCAGUUAGCAAGCCCUGAUGUGGGGGGUAAUGAAAGAUGGAAACAUCGUGUUGUUCUUGGUCCACAAAAGCCUUCUUCACUGAGGUCUUGUGAAUCUUCUGAAGAGGAUAAGCGGAAGAAAGCAAAGAAAAUGGACUCAAGCAAGCACCACUCGAGGAAACACAAAUCCAAAUCGAAAGAGAAGUCAAGAGACAAGAAGAAGAAAAAGAGGGAGGAAAAAAGAUGUAAACAUCACAAGUAAGGAUUUAUUUGUUUUCUAAUAUCAUGCAGGCUGAUGCACUGUCUCUCCAAGUGGGACUUAACUUGUGUUGGUUUGGAUGAUAGUUCAUGUCUGUACAAUUGAUAAUUAAUGUUAUCAAAGGUGGUUUUUGAUCAUCUCUCUCUCUCUCUCAGUGUUUCAAAUUUAAUGUGAAUACUGUUGAUUGUAGACAAGUGUAUUUUGUGCAGAUCUAGUAAGAAUGGCAUUUAGAUCA